UGGUAGUCACGCUCUCCGUGAUGUGGUUUCCGUAGUAACCGCGCUGCUGGCGGUUUGAGGUCGGCCCAUGUCGCCUGUGUUUCGAUCCCGCCCUAAUGAGGACACUCUGGGCUCUCAGAAAGGCCGCCGUGGCUCGGGCAGCCCACCGUCGGUGUCCCAGACUCGACGAUCCCCUCGGGCAGGCGGUGUCGGCCUCGCCCUCGGCGGGUGCGAGGGGCUCGGGCCUCCGCGGGGUCCAGAGGGGCCCUGCCCAGCGCACGCCGUCAGCCGCCCCCGGGCUGGAGAGCGGCCGCCGCCGCCAGGGGUCUGCACGUUUGCCCCUUCGUCCUCCCCUUCCAUCUGUGGCGGGUACCGCUACCACCACUAUGCGGGAGACCGUUUGCGGGCCGAGGACCAGGAGAAGGAAAAGGAGGAGAGCUAUAGGCAGAGGAGGCUGAAGGAAAGAGAGAGGAUUGGAGAGCUGGGGGCGCCCGAGGUGUGGGGGCUGUCACCCAAGUUUCCUGAGCCAGAUUCCGAUGAACAUACACCAGCUGAAGAAGAGGAGGUGAAGAAUCUGAAGAGCAGCAGUUCAGAUUUCGCCACGGAAGAAAAAAGGACAAAGACCGGUCACUCGACAAAGAGAAAAAGGAAGAAAAGGCCCUCCAAAAGGAAACAUAGGAAGUAUUGUGAUAACGACAGCAAUUCAGACUCUGACGUUUAUUCUAGCUCUGGUGGUGAUAAACACAAAGCUAAAGCCAGGAGGAAAGAGAAGAAAAAGAAACACCGGGCGAAACAACUCAAGAAGAGGAGGAGGACUGAAAAGGAGGAAUACGGUGACGUAAGGUGCAAAGCUCUAGAAAGGGAAUUGCCAGAAGACGCGUGGAUGGAGCAGUCGAUGAGUGCAGAUGCCAUGGACUUAAUAGGCCCAGAAGCACCUGUGAUACAUACCUCUCAAGAUGAGAAACCUUUGAAUUAUGGCCACGCUCUGCUUCCAGGUGAAGGUGCAGCCAUGGCUGAAUAUGUAAAGGCUGGAAAGCGUAUCCCACGAAGGGGUGAAAUUGGGUUGACGAGUGAAGAGAUUGCCUCGUUUGAAUGUUCAGGUUACGUCAUGAGUGGUAGCCGGCAUCGCCGGAUGGAGGCUGUGCGGCUGCGCAAAGAGAACCAGAUCUACAGUGCGGAUGAGAAAAGAGCCCUUGCAUCCUUUAACCAGGAAGAGAGGCGGAAGAGAGAGAACAAGAUCCUAGCCAGCUUUCGAGAAAUGGUGUACAGAAAGACAAAAGGGAAAGAUGACAAGUGAGAACUUGUUCGUUGCAAUGCAGGACUUUUAAUAACAAAGGUUUUGUAAGACCAAAAUAACAAUAAAUGACUUUACCAUUUACCAGUGAUAUUGUACUUACUGUGUUACUAAGUACCCUAGAAAAACACUUUUUGAGAUGUCAUUAGAAAUUUUUACAAACGUUGCAGGAAAUGAGUAAAAAGAUGAAUGUCACUCCAGUCCCUGAUUUACACGCCCCCCACCCCAAGAGCAAAGUGUCUUCUGUAUUCUUCCAUGGUUUUGUGCAUAUACAAGGUAUCUUGCUACUAAAUGGGAGUGUGCCCCACCCUCAUCUGCUACUGUGAUUUUAGCCCCCUAGAAAGAAGAUUUUACCCUUUGGAGUCAUUUGUCCCAGGAGGAUAAAAAGAACUUGGGCACAAUAAUACCCAAGAAGGCAACCAUUUGGAUCUAUUUGAUUCAAUGGACUGUGUUCUGCUGGCUGUAGUUAACAGACUUGGUUAAAGACUACGGUUUAUAACUGAAAAGCCUGGGAAACUAUGUUUCCAGCAUAAUGUUAAUAGAACUUGGGACUUUUCUCUAUCUUCCUUUUCCAUGGCUCAUUUUCUUUAGAGUGGUUUCCCUUAUAGAAAAAAAGAGCUGCCAACUCUCUUGAAAGAAUAUUUCUUUUGAAGGAGUUGGACAUUUUCUUACUUUGAUACAAUGCUAUUUCUUCAUAGUACGAAAGUAACACCAUCAACUGCGGUACAUUGUAAAAUUAAGAUAGUAUUGCUCUAAAUCUGACCCUAUGCCACUUUUCCUCUGCUCCCACUUAUUGCCAAUGGGAAGAUCAUGGUUUGGGCCAAAAUGGGAUGCAUAUAAGCAAAUUACAGUGGUAUACAAGGCUAAUGAUAACAAUAUCCUGGUAAUCUGUUAAUAUGUACUGUUGCUGAAAUUAUUGAUAUAAUAGAACUUUCAUAAUCAC